GCACAUACAUUUUGCUGGGGCAACGCUGGCUGGGGGCGUUGGACUUGCGCUUGCGGUCGCUUCCUGCUGCCCUUAUUUAUUAACAACGUCGUUACAUUCAAGUUACGUUAUGUCUAUCAAGUGACUGAGAGCAACCGACAUAGAUGGCGAAUGCUGAGCAUUCUGCGAGGAGCGCGUGCUGACACUUUUUAAAGGGAACGUCAUAGAACGCUACUUUUUAGCGAGCAGACGCUCGUUUGCCAAGAGCUAUGGACGUGAACGCGCUGGAGGCCGAAGCCAAGGCGACGGCGAUCAAGCACAUCGUCACGAUGCUUCAGGUGCCCGAACAGCUGGAAAAAGUGCAGCAGUACAAGAAGCGCGUGAGCCGCAAAAAGGCGUCCGUCGAGGCUAUGCUAAAAACGGCGCUACAGUCCCAGCUCGACGGCUUCCGCACGGCGCUGAACCUGCAGAAGUCCAUCCCGGACGACCUGCUCGAAGUACAGCGCAACCUCAACGAAGACGUCCAGGAAAUCUUCAAGUCACUGCCAGGGCUCACCGAGCGACUGCAGGAGGUGAAAGAAGAGAGCAUCCGGCACUCUCAGUAUGGCGCAGCCAUCGAGAACCUGAAGCACAUCUUCAACGUGCCGGGCAGCGUGCAGAAGACGCAGGAGCUGAUUGCCAACGACAAGCUGCUGCACGCCCACCAGGCCCUGUCGGAGCUGGAGAACUCGCGCGACGACCUGCUCUACGAGCUGCACAAGCUGCCCAGCCAGAGCGUAACGGACCGCAACAUGCUCAAGCAGUACUUCGCGGACGUAGAGAAGCUGUCGGACGACCUGGGCAAGCAGAUCUGGCUGGUGCUCAAGAGGACACUCAACUCGGUGCGCAAGGAACCGCAGGUGGUGGUGACCGCGCUGCGCAUCAUCGAACGCGAGGAGCGGCGCGACCAGGCGGCGCUGGAGCGUCAGAAGUCCUCGGGCGGUUUCCUGCCACCGAGCAGACCCAAGCAGUGGAGGAAGCGUUGCUUCGAGGUACUGGAGAGUGCGGUUGAGGACCGCAUCGAAGGCAACCAGUUCGAGGACCGUCACGAGAACAAGAUGUGGCUGGUGCGACACCUGGAGGUGACACGGCAGAUCGUCCUGGACGACCUGAGGACCGUCAAGACUGUCUGUGCUCCCUGUUUCCCGCCAGAAUAUGACAUUUUCAACAGGUACGUGCGAAUGUACCACAGCUGCCUGUCACGCCACCUGCAGAGCAUCAUUGCCAACGAGCUGGAGGGCAACGAGUACAUCACGGUGCUGGGUUGGCUGACGGUGUACACAAGCGAGGAGCUGAUGGGCCACCCGGACCUGGCCCUGGAGACCCACUCGCUGGAGCCCCUGCUGGGCCGUCAGGAUGUGCAGCAGCUGAUCGACAAGUACCUGGGCACACUGGUGGCCAACUACCAGGACUGGCUGCGCAACGCGCUCCAGUCAGACGUUAAGGAUUGGCACCGUGAGUGCGAGCCAGACAUGGACAGCCGAGGCUGCUACCACACCUCGGCGCCCAUGAUCGUCUUCCAGAUGGUCGACCAGCACCUGCAGGUCGCCAAGACAGUGGGUCCCGACCUGGUGCGCAAGGUGCUGACCAUCAGCCUGGAGCAGACGACAAAGUUCGUGGCGUCGUACAUGGAGGCGGUGACCGAGUUCCGGGACCGUCACUUCGAGGACCGCAGCGUGCGCGAGUAUUUCACCCACUACGUCAUCGCCGUGGCCAACAACUGUCUCCAGUUCCGGCAACUCUUUGAGAAGUCCUACAGCGACUGCUGCAGCGGACAGGGCGCCCUGGCCAAGGGGGACAACGAGGUGUCACAGGUCUACCACCGGCUGCAGCAGAGCCUGGAGCGACUCCAGGAGCGCACCCUGGACACGCUGCGCGACGAGCUCUUCCUGGACCUCAACAAGGAGCUGAUGGACGUGAUGACACGCAAGUGGCUGCUCACGGGACCCAACAUCAUCGACACGGUCUCGGCCACGGUCGAGGACUACUUCCGCGACUACGCCCGCCUGCUGCCCAAGAACCUCGAGACGCUGGCCGUCAAGGUGCAGUGGGCGCUGGCCCGGUGCUACGUGCAUGCCAUCCUGCAGCGCAAGAUCACCUUCAAGGGUUACGAGGAGCGUAAGGAUGCGGCUGAGAAGAUCAACCGGGAGAGCGACAAACUUACCGAGUUGUUCAGGAAAGCCACACCACCAUCAGCAGCGAGUUCGCGCAGGGGCGGCAGCAUGAGCUCGUCACACGGUUCCUCGCCGCUGGACGCGCUUCCGCUGCUCGCGGAGGUGAUCAAGAUGAAGGACACCAGCCUGCUCAGCCUGGAGGUGUCGGGGCUCAUCAAGCGCUACCCCGACAUCUCGGGCGAGCACCUGCAGUCGCUGCUUUUACUCCGCGGCGACAUGUCGCGCAACGAGGCGCGAACCCUGGUGGCCGAGAUGCGCUCGGACGACCAGCCUCACGGCAUCGGUGCGCCCAAGAGCGUCUUUUCCGAGAUUGUGUUGACGUAACUUUCUUCUACGAGAUGUAUUCGAGCAAACUAAUUCCGGUGCAUCCGUGUGUGUGUGCGUGUGUACAAGUGAAGAAGCGUGUUGGACUGGGGCUGUUCAUUACUUCCUAACAACGGAAUUCAACCGCACUUAAGACACGACGAUGCGAAGAUGACUGAUGUAACGACACCAAGAAUCGUAAAUCGCGAAGCCAAUGUGGUCACCAUUGAUUGAUUGAAUCCUCAGCAGUAUGGGCUAUACCCACUCUGGGGGGAUUGGCCAAGACUGUGUGUCGUAACAUUUCUACAAUAAAUUAAAGAAUGCUUAAUGAUCAAAAAAUAAAGAAUGAAUAAAUAAUAAGAACAACAAGAGAAUCGCAGCCAGUAUAUCAACGAAACUACGCAAUUAUUGUGCAAUUGCACAAGCAGACCAGACAGCUGUAUUAAUCUGACUGGAACAAUUUCGAAUGGAUGCGUUAGAUUUUAACAAAUAUUUUUAAAAUUACUGUUUAUUAUGUUUCCUUUUCCUCCUCUCCCUGCAAGAACUGUACUCUUGUGCGGUCUCCUCCCUUGCAACUGAUAUGGUGCAGUGUCUGUCAUGUUCAAGGGUCGCUAAAUGGAGAAAAAGAAAACACUGCAGAAGACGACAAAGGGUUAGGUGGAGCAACAAAAUUAGAAAAUUUACAGGCUUAAAAUGAAUUAGGCAAGCACAGUGAUCAUUUGGAGAGGCCUUCGUCCUGCAGAGGGCAUAAGACAGGCUCACGAUGAUGAUGAGUAAAUUACCCUUCCACAAUACCAAAAAAUGUCACUUUGCCCCAAGAAGAUUCUUGGUAAACCAGAAAACGCAUAAAAAGCAAGCACAGGUAAUGACACCAUCUUCAAGUCCCUGCGAGAAUUCACCACGACGUCACAGAUUUUGACAGCCAUGUGCUAUGGCCCGUAUAGUUUUUUUAUUGGUAAAAAUGAUUUGUAUUGUGUUGUUGCUUUCCUCUGUGCAUGGCUCAUACCCAAUGCAGGGGAUUGGUUGAGUAGUGGGUGAAUUUUUUCAAUAGAUCCAGUAGAUAGAUUCAGAUGUUAAAUUAAGAAAAUGGAACUUUUACUUGUUUUCUCUUCUAAUAACAAACUUAUGAUAGCGAAGUUAAACGGGUCAUGAAGCACCCCUUGGGCUUGUUGAAAAAACACAUCCUGCAGAAAGCUGACACGGCUAUGAACUGCUCAGCCAAAUAUUGCAGUCGUGCGUGCCACGUAAAGGCUACAAGCGGAACGCGAAGUUGCCGUUCGCUCAGGCGCCCUCUUUUCAAACGGAGGCCGCUUCUCACUCUCGUCGGUGGGCGGGGCGUCUGCCCGUUGACGUCGCGAUCUGCAUCUCCACGUCGCAAAAGACACAGCAUCAUCAUUGGCCGAUAGCCGACAUAUAUUGAGAGCGGUGUUCGGAUGAGAUGCGCUUCUUGCCACGGGGUGCCGCCAUUUGCUGGCGCCGCACUCCUCUGUACACGGUAGCCGCACUCGCGCACACGAAUCACAGCGGGAGAGCGAUCGCGUUUCAUGAUGCGCGCUGACGUAACUUCUUACCCCCAUGCCAUUCCUCUCUGUGUAGCUUCCAGUGCGCUCGUCGGCACGAGAAAAGAGAGAAAGCGCUGAGAGCGUGCGCCAAACCCUGUAACUCUACUCGUUCUUGACGGAUUCGAGAAAUUUUUGCGGCAAUCGAUUCGGGAGGCAGUAAACUCCGAUACUGAGGUCAUUAGAUCUUUACUUGGAAAAGUGGUUCAUGACCCCUUUAACAGUAGGGUUCUCAGAUAAUUUCACUCUAAGCUAAUUUAGCAUUUCACUUUAGUGUUUUCUUUGUCUCAUCUUAAGUGCAGUUCGAUUCCACUGUUGGGUACUACAGAGCGAAGAUCCAUUGAGUCAAAGUGUGGAGCGUUGAGUGUGGAGCAAUAACUUUCAACAGCACACUACUAAUUCUCUGCGCUAAAGAGACGUUGACAAUAAAUAGCUAAUUCAAACAGUUCAAUGAAAUGUGUUAGUGGCUGGUAGCGCACAUGCCAUUGCAUCCAUAUUUUUUCACAGCACUUUGUUAAACUGGGUCGAAUGUUCAGUUUGCUAUCGUCUAGUUUACCGUGUUGCUUUUGUCGAGCAUAACCAAGUAAAUAUAGAAAGUCUUUUGUCAUUUUCAGAGAGUGAGAAACGUACACUCCUAACGGAUAUGAGAUACAACGAAAAUAUUUGUGUUGUGUGCUAUGGUGUUCGGUGUUCAUACAAGUGAGCCAUUACGGACAAAUUUUAAGGAUGGUCUGAAGAGAAGCAAAUUUUGAUGUAAAGGCCCAUUUGAAACUACCGUUGAAACUUGAUUUAACGAAGCGAUGAGGACGCUGGAAUUAUUUCGUUAAAUUGGGAAUUUAGUAAAAUCAAGAAAGGGAUUUCUUGGUCCUUCAAAAUCUAAAACUAACGUAGCCACACCCAAGCGCUACCACAGCAUUAUAUUUGUUGGCAAUCCAUGCCUACUCAUCGGAAAUGAGAAGUCCACGAGAGCGGCCCAGCCAUAAGAGGCACCAUGCCUGGGUGGUGCAGGCCGGGUAGAUGGCCACGUGAAGUUAUGAUCAGCUAUUGAUAUGCAAUGACGCGAAGAACAAAUGCAGUCACUGUGUGAGCAGGCUGAGAGAGAAAGAUUGGAGGCGAUGACCAGUGCUAUUUGUCACAUAAACUAUGAAAUAGCCAAAGCAACUGCCGUUGCCUCUAGCGCCAUCUGUAUGAACGCUACCAGCUCUCGAGUCUAUUGUUCCGUGCAUUUGUGCGCCGUGCAGCCUUGUCAAAGCAAAGCUAGGACAGUACCUAUGGCACCUAGACAUUUAACGUGGUAGUGUUAGAGCACACACUCGACGAAAAACCCGUCUUGGUCAGAAUUAGAAGAAAAUCGCAGCGUUUUUACUCAACCUUUUCAGGAAAAACUUCGUUAAAUUGGGUUUGGUGGCCGAAUUAGUUUAUUGAUUUGGGUUGAUGGCAACACUGAAACCUAGGGGCAUUUGCCGGAGACCGGAAUAUUCUUUAGAUCGAGAACUUCGUAAAAUCGGGUUUCGUCAGAUCGAGUUUUAACUAUAAUGUUUAAUGUUUGGGAAUUGGUCACAUCGGUUGAUGGAGCUGCAUUCUGUCGAGUCACGCAUGUACGACAAUCCACCAUGCACAUUUGCCGCAUGCCAAACCUCAGAGCAACGCUGUACGCUUGACAAACGACCUGUUGUAGGGAAUUUUCAGGUACUAAUGCAUUCAGACCACAAGUGAAGUGAGAAAAAGAUUCAUGCAUUAUAAAAGCUCUCCUGUGGUUGAUUUUGUCAGAGACAAAGCAGCAUGGAUCGUAUCAAGCUGCGACAAACAUUGCAAGGACGUUUUUUUUUUGCAGGGUCUAGAGUGAUCCUAGGUCUGUGUACACGGAUCUAUAAUUAACGCCCGUUUUCUUAUUUUGAAGCUUCUUUGAGAUUUGUGUGUUUCUUUUUAUUUAUGUUGUAUGUGCACGAGAUCAUGCACCACGCCUAAUAUAUUGUUCGUGCUCAUUAAAACACUCCCUGUGCAAAUGUUUUAUGAAACUGACAUUCAAAGACAUGCUCCUUUGUGAAGAGCAGUUUCUCUCUGGAUAAGUAGAAUUUUCACGCCGAAUAAAAAGAAUGUUUUCAGUCA